AAACAAUUGGGCGAGAGCGAGCGGGUGGGGACUUGCUGCCGCAGGGAGGACGGUUGGAACAGGACCGGCAGGGGCGCGCAGACGAUGGCGGCCCUGAGCCCGCGGAAGCCGACCGAACCGAGUGGCAGGAAGCUCAGGUCAGUGUCGAACAGGCUGUGUUGGGCCGAAGCUCUGCGCCCCGUCCAGACCCAGGCGGCCGAGCUCAUUUCCUCCUGGGGGCCCCAAGCAAGUGUUCCAGUUGGAUUCCGAAGGAAGCAGUAGUGUUGGGCUGCUUGAAAUUAAAGACCUAGCAAAGCAUUCUCCUCUCAGCUCUACAGUAGAAAUAUUGUUCUUAUUUUUGAUCAGCAUAUACAUCAUGGGUUCUGCCUGAUCCCCUUGUUGCCGCCUGAAACCCUAAAGCAGAUUUAAAUAAGAUCUUUCAGUGAAGUGGUAUAGGUCCCUUGCACUUUAACAAGGAACAACGCUAAUCACCAACUUAGUGCAGGUCACGAUGCAAGGAUUUGCUGCUUAGUAGUUGGACCUGAGAGUGGGAGCAAGAAAUGCCGACUUUUGCUCUCCAUCCAAUUGGAGCAGGUCCCUGGGAAAACAGGGAACCUUGAAUAAGAGGGCGGCCUUCCUUAAUCCUGUUGGACAGCAGAGGGAGAUCGUAAACAAACGAAGCACAGAACCUCUGGCUCAGUGCCUGGAAGCAUACAUGUUGUGACAUGGAACAUAGCCUCUGCAGCACCCCCUUUAGACCUCAGUGAUCUGCUUCAGCUGAACAACCAGAACCUGAAUAUGGACAUGUAUGUUAUUGGUUUGCAGGAAAUGAACUGUGGAAUCAUGAGCCUCCUUUCUGACACUGCCUUUGAAGACCCGUGGAGCAGUUUCUUCAUGGAUGUGCUUUCCUCUCUGAGCUUUGUCAAGGUCUCCAGUGUCCGCAUGCAGGGGCUUCUUGUACUGGUCUUUGCCAAGCAUCAGCAUUUGCCCUUUGUCCAAAUCCUCACUACUAAAUCCACCCCCACUGGCCUCUUCGGUUACUGGGGCAACAAAGGGGGCGUCAGCAUCUGCCUGAAGCUUUAUGGUUACUAUGUCAGCGUCAUCAACUGCCACCUGCCCCCCCACAUUGCCAACAAUGACCAGCGGCUGGAACACUUUGACCGGAUCCUGGAGAUGCAGAAUUUUGAGGGACAUGAUAUUCCCAACAUCCUAGACCAUGACCUCAUUCUCUGGUUUGGAGACAUGAAUUUUCGGAUCGAGGACUUUGGGUUGCAUUUUGUUCGGGAAUCCAUAAAAAAUCGGUGCUACAGUGACCUAUGGGAGAAGGAUCAGCUCAGCAUUGCCAAGAGACAUGAUGCAUUGCUCCGGGAGUUCCACGAGGGGCCCCUGCUCUUCCCACCCACCUACAAGUUCGACAAGAACUCCAACGACUAUGACACCAGUGAGAAAAAACGCAAGCCUGCCUGGACUGACCGGAUCCUGUGGAGGUUGAAGCGGCAGCCCCAGGCCAGCCCCCAUGUCCCCAGUCAGCAGGCCUACUUCUCCCUGUCUCUGAGAAGCUACGUCAGCUACAUGGUGUACAGCAUCAGUGAUCAUAAGCCUGUCACCGGCACAUUUGACUUGGAGCUGAAACCAUUGGUAUCUGCCCCCCUGAUCACCCUGUUACCCGAGGGCCUGUGGACCAUGGAGGACGACAUGUUGAUCAGCUACUCCUUGUCCGCAGACUUCCUGAGCAGCCCCUGGGACUGGAUUGGACUGUACAAGGUGGGGCUGCGCCACAUCAAUGACUACCUGUCCUAUGUCUGGGUGGGGGACAACCAAGUCUCCUCCAACAGUGGGCUGUACCAGGUAUACAUUAACAUCAGUGAUAUUCCUGAGACUGAGGAUCAGUUUCUCCUCUGUUACUAUAGCAACAGUCAGCAUUCUGUGGUGGGGAUGAGCAAGCCUUUCAAGGUAAGCUGGUGGGGAAGGGAAGAGUACUGCGGAGGACUGGAGGCCUUCGUCAGUUCCCCAUGGCCUCCAGACUAGGAGUCAACCCGUCCCAUGGAGCUGCAUCAGUUGAGGAAUGGGAGUGAAGGAAAGGCGUGGAGGAAAACCUGCUCUUCCCUGGCUACUCACUGCUGUUUCAUCCCUGCAGAUCCAGCCUCGUUCCUUCUUGGAAGAGGACCCACUGGGUGAAGCUCAACCACAGAUCUGAGCCAGGAUGAAACUAGAUCCAGGGUGGAGGCCAGAGCUGGCAGCCAGCUCUGUAUACCGCUGCCAGAAGCACUGGGGGCCCAGCGCAGCCGCCUGAGGAGGCAGCAGGUAUCCUCCAUCGCCCAGGGGGAGCUCUAGCCACACUCCUUUGCUCUCUCCAGUCCAGGUCUCUGGAAUCGGCCACUUAAAUACAGGGUUUUGUUGCUGAGAUGUAUGUGGAACGAACUAGUUUGUUAACAGAGAAGACCUGGGGACACUCCACCGGAUGUAGGAAGGACCCUCCAGCCAGCAUCUCAUUUCUUGAUUUUCCCCAAACACAUACUUCCCAGUCCCGCCCAAGCAGGCCUGCCAGGCACAUGCCCUAUCUGGCACAGGCCUGCAUUCUUGGCACGCCAUCCUUAGCCUCCAGCUGCCUGGGAUGGAGAGAUGCUCACAUUUGUACAGGCUCUACAGACUGGUUGCCACAAGCAACACUGGGUCCCAGGAGUCUUGGCAUCUUACUGCCUGUCCCCUCAGGAAUGGGCAGAGGGUCUGGGAUCCCUGUUUUCAGCAGAAGCUUGGUAUGACCAAGUGGGCAGGAUGGAGGGGCCUCUCCAGCCAGGCUCUUAAGUAGAGGCUGUGGCCAGGUUGGUGAAUGUCUUUGUGCCAGCACAGCCCUCCCUGCCCCCACGGAGUCUGACCCAGGAAGUUCUAGGACCUGAACAGAGAUUGGACCCAGGUUUGCUUCUGCUGGUGGGUCUGGCUCCAUGCUCCUAACCUGCUCUCUUGUGAAGAGGUGGCAGGAGGUAGAGGAGCUAUGGCUGCAGGCGUUUCCAGGGCAGUCUGUGCCUAAUCGAGCUCAUCUGCUCCUACCCUUGCCUGCAGUCACUUGCCAGAAACCUGCCUUCUCUGUGGACUGCUCUGGGACCUAGAAGCAGGGGCAGGCAAAAAGGAAAGCCAGGAUCAAGCUGUUGUGGAGCAUCUGGUCCUCGGAGUCUACAGAGAACAUUCUCCAGGUGCUAUGUGGUCAUGGCCUGGCCCUCCCACUACUUGCCUCCAGCCACUGGUGACUCAAUGGCACUUCUCCGAGAAGACCCUCAGGGAGCCUGCUCCGUGACUGCCAUGCCUAUCCUGCUACCUGAAACUGAUGGAUCCUCCAGUGGCCCUACAUUCCAGACUCCACCCUGGGAGCCAUGUGUCCUAUUACAGACUGUCCUCCUGGGUCUGGCCGACCAAAGCUGUGUUCAUUGUUUUCUGCAUUGGAGGAUAAUUAGAAGCAAGGCUUUCAUACUUGUGUGUGGCUCCUUCAUGAUAGUGGUGGGCAGGGACACAUGGGGAUGAGCCCUUGCUAGCCUCCAGGACAAGGACCCUGUAGAUCCAGACUAGACUUUCUGUGAGGGUGGCCGAUGUUGCACAGAUGGGAAUGGAAUGAAAUUCUGGGACUGUGGCCUUCUGGGUCCCUGGCCCAUUUGGAGUAUGCCACCUAUGCCCUUGGGCACUCAGUUAACUCUGCUGCUCAGUAGAAUGCGUUUCUUGGAACUGA